AGAAGAAGCAGAGGAAGAAGAAGAAGAUGCCUUACCAGAGAAUUUCAGGGUCUCUAUCAACUCCAAGGGUGGCUGUAAUGAUCGACAUGGGCCACCCAUUUCUCAACCUCACCGUAGACGGUUUUUUGAAGAUCGGAACUGUGGCAGCUGCCAGAGCCGCAGCCGAGGAAGCUUACUACGUCGUCAAAAGAGGGAGUAUUUCACGUCACACUGUUGAACACUCGUUGAAGAAGAUGUGCAAAGAGGCUGCAUAUUGGGGAACCGUAGCUGGAGUAUAUGUGGGAAUGGAGUAUGGGGCGGAGAGGAUUCGUGGCACCAGAGACUGGAAGAAUGCCAUGCUUGGUGGUGCAUUGACCGGUGCCAUAAUAUCCUCUGCCUGCGAAAAAAGUAGAGACAAGAUUGUUGUGGGUGCCAUCACAGGAGGUGCCAUUGCUACUGCAGCCGAGUUCCUUAACUAUCUUACUUGAAUCAAAUGGACUAAAUCUACCUAUCAUUUCUCUUUAUAUGGUAACAACUAUAUAGUAUGUUUGGUUUGUAAUAUGUCAGGUUAUAAUAACUGGAUCUUGUUAUGAAGACUAUUCCUGCUCUUUGAUACAAUACGAAGUCUAUCUACCUUGUCUUUUCAGUU